AUGCCUUCUAACACUAAAGGCCCUCACGCUUAUGAAGGACCGCCGAUUUGGCAGAAGUGGCAGCGGGCCAGCGCGCCACGACGCCGUUUCAAUUGCGCGAGUGGUUGGCGGCGAAAACGACCUUCUUGCAAACAUAGAUCUCUAGGAAACUCUUCCAAUGCAACUAAUAUCAAGAUCUUCCAUCGUAAAGAAAUCAAUUGUCUAGUGAAUUCGAACAAAGAAAUAAAAAAUAGGGGAAAACAUAGAUCUCCUCACAUCUCCGUUCUGCAUUUACCGGCACUAGCGAUCGUAUUCAUAUCUACGAUCCAGCUGUUACAAUGGAAAAUCACCGCCGUCCACACACUAGCUACGGUUUUCCGUCAGUUAUGA